AUGGGUGGUGUUGGUUCCUCCACCAAGGAUCACACUCCCCCUGAAGAUUCUUCUUCUUCUUCUUUCGAUGGAUUGUAUAGAGAUAGUGAGAUUUGUAAAGUUUUUUUGGAUUUGCUCGAACUACUCUGUAAGCUAUACUCUGUAAUAAUGGCUGUUUUUGAUUUGGGGUUCCCAUUACCUCUUUCCAAUCUUGGGUCGGGUCAGCCAAUAUCGUUGGCCGAUUUGGGUUCUGCUGGGGACGAGCUUUAUGAGCUGAGAAUGGAGAUUGCGGCGCAUUUGGGGCAUGGUGGCGACAUCUCCGGAAUCAUCUCCCUCAACCGUGCCACCGUCUUCGAACACUGUAUCACCUUCCACAACUUCGUCGUCGCCUCAACAAUCGUCCAGUACCACUCCGCCCGUAGAAACCUCUUCUCCUCCUGCUCCAGCCCCCCUACAAUUUCCACGCCUUCUGGGCCCAGUGCCGAUCCACCGGACCCUGCUACCUCUUCAACUUCAUCUCCUCUGACACAGUCCCCUCCUCCCGUUGUCCCGACGUCUCCUCCUCCAGUCCCGGAGUCAACCUCACCACCCUCACCUUCUGGGACUUCACCCCCAUUGACACCUACAAUAUCAUCUCCUCCUCCUCUCCAGUCUGAUCCGCCUACAUCACCAUCACCUCCAUCAUCCGAUGUUCCUCCUCCUUUGCCUUCCAAAUCUCCACCUCCAGAGAAUUCGCCUCCACCACCUUCAAAAUCUGAUCCACCAGUAAAUUCACCUCCUCCUCAUCCAUCAUCAACACCACCAGCGAAGUCACCUCCACCAGCAGCAUCAACCCCUCCUGUAUAUUCACCACCUCCACCAGCAUCUGUGCCACACCCAAGUUCACCUCCAACACCGGCAUCAACCCCUCCUGUAAAUUCACCUCCCCCGGCAGCAUCCGUGCCACCUCAAAGUUCGCCUCCAACACCCGCAUCAACCACUCCUGUAAACUCACCUCCUACUCCAGCAUCAGUGCCACCCCAAAGUUCACCUCGACCACCCAAGGUUACUCCUGUUACACCUGGUUCUGAACCAACUCCACCACCUUCAAAUUCUCCUCCAAAGACAUUGCCUCCAUCACCCAUCAUACAUCUUGCACCACCUCCGCCCUCACAUGUUUCUCCCCCAUCUCCUUAUCAAAAUCCAAUCCCCCCAUCAAAUGAUCUAGCUAAGAACAAGUCUAGUUCUAAUGAAGUAUCAAACUCCACUGGUAAUGGGACCAUUGGCAUCACUGGUAUAGUGGCUAUUGGUGUGGUGGUGGGAAUCAUAGUGCUUAGCCUAAUUGGAGUGGCUGUCUGGUGCAUAAGGAAGCAAAGAAAACGAUAUUCUGAAGUUAAUGGUCAUACCAUGCCAUCCCCUCCAGAUUCAUCCAUUACGAAGACACAUUCUUCAGCUCCCCUUUUACAAAGUGGUUCGGGCAGCAAUUUUGUCUCAUCUCCAGCAGAACCAAGUGGGUUAGGCAAUUCAAGGUUAUGGUUUACCUAUGAAGAGCUAGUCAAGGCCACAAAUGGGUUUUCAAAUGAGAAUCUUCUGGGUGAAGGUGGAUUUGGUUCUGUGUAUAAGGGAUACCUACCAGAUGGGAAAGAGGUAGCAGUCAAGCAGCUAAACAUUGGUGGGGGGCAGGGUGAGCGAGAAUUUAAAGCCGAAGUUGAGAUUAUUGGUCGUAUACACCACCGUCAUUUGGUGUCAUUAGUCGGCUACUGCAUUUCUGAGAACCGAAGGCUGCUUGUCUAUGACUAUGUCCCUAACGAUACCCUUUAUUGCCAUCUUCAUGGUGAAGGUAGGCUGGCUCUGGACUGGGCAACACGUGUUAAGGUUGCUGCUGGUGCAGCUCGUGGAAUAGCUUAUCUUCAUGAAGACUGUCAUCCUCGAGUUAUUCACAGGGAUAUUAAGUCAUCAAAUAUUCUUUUAGAUAACAACUUUGAAGCUCGGGUUUCAGACUUUGGACUUGCCAAAUUAGUUCUUGAUGCAGAUACACAUAUAACCACCCGUGUCAUGGGAACUUUUGGAUAUAUGGCCCCUGAAUAUGCAUCAAGUGGGAAAUUGACUGAUAAAUCUGAUGUAUACUCCUUCGGAGUCGUGCUUCUGGAGCUAAUUACUGGAAGGAAGCCUGUGGAUGCAACCCAACCCUUGGGGGAUGAGAGUCUUGUUGAAUGGGCUCGACCUUUGCUAAAUCAUGCACUUGAUGAUGUAGAAUUUAAACAUUUGGCAGAUCCAAGGCUCAUGAACUAUGUUGGGAGUGAAAUGUUCCGUAUGAUUGAGGUAGCUGCUGCUUGUGUGCGACAUUCAGCUGCCAAGAGGCCAAGAAUGGGACUGGUUGUUAGAGCCUUUGAUAGUUUAGCUACUUCCGAUCUAAGCAAUGGAAUGAGAGUGGGGGAAAGUGCAGUGUUUGACUCCGCACAACAAUCCGAAGAAAUCAGAUUGUUUCGGAGGAUGGCAUUUGGUAGUCAAAAUUACAGUACAGAUUUUUUUAGCCAAAGUAACUUGGAUAGUUAAGAGGACCUGGUAGAUAUUGGGAGAGAUGAAAAAACUGAACCAGGAGGGCCUGCCAAGCUGCGCUGGAGCCUUGUUCAAGUUCAAGUUGAUUAAAUUGCAGAGUUUGGCUCGGAUGAGAUGUAGUUAUUGCCUGUAAAUCAA